CUCACAUUCUAGAACGGAAUGGUGGUCAUGGCCCCUCUUCCAAGGCUUGGCUCUCCUCGUAGAACCUAUAGCUGUCCAGAACCGGGUGCCAACGCGCACGCUAUCAAGAAACGCCGUCGUCUGAGCGAGAUUCCCGAUACCAACGAAGAUGUUAUCUUCGCACUUACCGGAGCAACUACACGACCGCGUGGCAGGCCCCGAACUUCGACCAAAACGCCGCUUACUGCCACGAACGAGAUCCGAAUGCUGAGAGCUCAAGUGGCGUCCAUGGAAGAAGAGCUUCAGGGUCUUCAGUCUAAAUGGGCCAGUCAGAUUCCGGACGAACGAACGCUGGCCACCGCGCAUCGUUCCGCUCGCGAGAAACACGCGGCUAAUCAGUCCGAGAAGAUGCACACCGAGCUCCUGCAUCUCCUUCGACAGCAGCAGCUUCUGUUCGCUACGCUACAAACCGCCGUUCUUCAUGCCCCACUAAACUCGAGUGGAGAGGAGAUGUUCGAGGCGUUGCACUUCGAUACGCAGCUAGGACGUGAGACCGAGGAGCGGGAGAAGAUGCUCACAGCGCACAACGAACGCUCGCUUGCCACGCUGCCGUCUAUCGUGAAAAAGUUCUCGGAAAUGGCCAUUCAAAAGGUGCUGGACAAGCAGAGCAAAGGUGCCACGGAGAGCUCCGUGAUGCCGCUGUCUCAAAUAGAAAUCACCGGUUGCAAGGACUGCACGCUGAUCUCAAGCGUGUUCAUCUCAGAGAUCCCACACACGUCGUUGGAAGAGGUGUACGCGGCUGUGCUGGCCUAUUUUGACGCCAUUCCGAUGUCGAUGAAGAAACAUUUUGGCGUUGAGGCCAAGCGAACGAGGCUGAACAAAGCUGAGUCGCCUGUGGUGUACCGACGCUCGACUUUCAACGGUUCUGGAGUGCCCGCGACUGUGAACAACAUCGUAUGCUCAGAGCUGACUGCUUCGCACGGCAUGGUCCACAUCGACGCCGUGACGGAGGAUCCGCUGCACCCAGUGUCUGAAGCAGCUUCGUCACAAUAUGGAAUCUGUGGUCUCACGAUCACUCCUCGGAAAGAGCCCGUGACAGGGAAAACUCUUGCUGUGACGCUGCGUUGGGUGGUCGUGUACCGCUACAACAUGCUACCUUGUGACCCCUCCAUUAAGGAAGAUCUGGAGAUAAUUCGACCUAUUCUGAAUGGAGACCUGAUCACUGCGUCCGUGUGUAGCUACAUUCAACAGAAACAGCAAGGACCUUGAAGAUUUCUGAUUAUUCUCGGUUUCAUUGCGAUCUGAUCAUUAUGUGAAAGUUCAGAUAACCUAUCAACAAUACACCUUUAAUUCCAUA